AUGACAGUAAUCAAUGGUCACGGUGAACUCCCUGCGGUCACGUAUGGCUUCAUCGGCCUUGGCAACAUGGGAUACCGCAUGGCUAAGAAUCUGCGAUCAGAACUCUCAGCUGACUCGGCUCUUGUGGUUUGCGAGGUCGUACAGUCUGUGCUGGACAAGUUUGUGGGUGAGACGAAGGGACUGAUCAGGGUCGCCAAUACCCCCAAGGAGGUUUCCGAGCAGAGCGUAAGCUGCGACAAUGCACCCAUAGAAAUAGGCUCGCUGACAGACAUGAAGGACAUCAUCUUAACUAUGCUGCCAGCGGGGAAACAUGUCAAACAAGUCUUUACCGACCAAUCUAAUGGCCUUCUCUCCAUCUCAAAAUCUUCGAAGCCGAAACUUUUUAUCGAAUGCAGUACUAUUGACGUCCCAACGUCUCUGGAGGUUGCUGAAGCCGUGUCGCAAUCCGCUCUUGGCUCUUUUGCUGAUGUCCCUGUAUCCGGUGGUCCCACCGGUGCCGAAGCAGCUACUCUUACGUUCAUGGCAGGCGGCUCUACAGACGUCAUCGGAAGAGUAAAGCCCAUCGUGAUGACCAUGGGCAAAACAUUUUUCCACUGCGGCGGCGCGGGUGCAGGACUCGCCACUAAGCAGAUCAAUAACUACAUAUCAGGCAUUUGUAUGCUUGGGACUGCGGAAGCAAUGAACUUGGGAAUCCGCUAUGGCCUCGAUCCGAAAGUGCUGGCAGGCGUCAUCAACUCUAGCACCGGGCGAUCGUACAAUAGCAUAGAGCAGAACCCCGUCAAAGGCAUCAGCCCUAAUAGCUCAGCAGAACGAGAUUUUGAGAAUGGCUUUUCCAUCGAGCUUUGCAAGGGCGUUUUGCACAUGGCAAUCAAUUUGGGAGAGAGAGUUGGCGCAAGGCUCCCGCUGAGUCAAGGCCUGAUCGACACUUAUGAGGCGGCGAGCAUGGAUGAUAGGUGUAAGGGCAAAGAUUGCAGAAGUGUGUACAGAUACGCGACAACAAUGUCAUCCUUCCUUCCUCCCCGAGCACCUCAGCAAAACUAUGUCACAAUCUCCGCCCUCCACAGCGGCACCUUGACACUCCCAAGUCACUUGUUUAUCACUCCCACAUCAUCCUCUGCCCGUCGCACCGUCCCCUCAUUGUCAUUCCUAAUACAGCAUCCCUCUCCUCGCACUCUUACAGAGAAUGAUCCACCUCCCACCCGUCUCCUCUUCGACCUCGGACUCCGCAACCCGCUCUCGACAUACCCCUCACCGAUUCAAAAACACCUCGAGACGCGGCACCCAAUAAGCAGCGAUCAUGACGUAGUUCGAAGCCUCAUGCAAGGGGGCUUGAAGCCGGAUGAUGUGGAUUGGAUCAUUCUGAGCCACGUCCACUGGGAUCACAUCGGCACGCCUUCAUUGUUCUCGAAAAGCAACUUCGUAGUGGGUGCUGGGAGUCUGCAAUUGUUGCAAGGCUGCGGAGAUCAGUCAUCGGGCGGACACGCGCAUUUUGAAUCGGAUUUGCUGCCUGAAGAACGCGUCGUGGAAUUGCCUAGCACUGCGACGCUUGGCUCGGCCCCGACAACGAAUGGCGCCACAAACGGGACUGAAAAGAAAGAAGGUUCUACGAGCGCCCAUCUGCGGUCAGCCCGCUGGCAACGCCUGGCGCAUUUCCCGCACGCCAUCGACUUUUUCCACGACGGUAGCCUCUACCUAAUCGACGCGCCGGGCCAUCUUCAAGGGCACACCAACAUUCUUGCGAGAAUCGGGCCGGAAAAGUGGGUCUAUCUGGCCGGUGAUGCAUGCCAUGAUCGGAGGAUUCUUGAAGGGGAGGUUGGUAUUGCGACGUGGGAGAACGAGGAAGGGAAGGUGUGUUGCAUUCACAGUGAUGUCCAUGAGACGGAAAUGACGCUUGAAAGGAUCAGGGUGUUGGGGAAUGCCUCGGAGGAGGUGGAAGUCAUUUUGGCGCAUGAUGUGGAUUGGGCGCAGGACGAGGUGAACGAGGCUAGGUUUUGGCCUGGGACUUUGUAG